UUGCCGUCAGGUUGAAUGCCGAUUAACCGAUCCCAGUCGGUCAGCGUUUCUCCGUUUAAAUUGCAAAUUCAGUUUCUAUUUGUCAAUUGACCGACACGCGUGUGCUCCGCCGACAGCUAUAGACGACUCCAAGAACUCUGGAACGGCGGAAAUGUUUGCGCUAGCUAAGCCCAUCGGAUGUUUGGCCUUGCUGUCGGUGGUGACUCUUGGCUCGGCGUUCGAGGAGCACCCUCACUUUUGCAUUGAGACGGAACCGCUGCUUCUCUCCGAGAUUGAUCGGCAUGUGGUGAUGCCCAGUGAGCGGGAUCUGCAGUGUCACAUUAAGGCCACCACGCUGACCCUAAAGGAGAAGGCAAGCCUCGUAGACACACUGUGCGCGGAUCAUGGCUCUACGACGGUGCAUCGGGACAACCAUCACUUCCUGCGGCUGCACAACGGCGAGCUUAGUGGACGCGGUGCCCAGACGGAGCUGUGUGCCACCAGUGCAGGCUCGGUCCUAGCCUGGGUGCCCUACCACACCGUGCUCAAGAACUAUGCCGCCGAGCUGAACCCCAAGGAACGACUGACCUACAUAGCCAAGGCCACGAACGUGGAGCGCGAAAAGACGGAGCUUUGCCACUUCCGGCACACGGAUCUGGUCAAUGCCGUGACCGACAGCCUCUUCACCUGUGUGGUCAUGAUAUUCGGGGAUAACUUUUACGGCCUGGAGGACAACAUCAAUGUGCUGGUGGAGCUGGAGCCGCUUAUGUAUCAGCUGCGGAACAUCACCUAUCUGCCCUGGCGCAAUGUCACCAACAGCUACAAGAUGCUUCUGGGUGACAGCGUACUCCGGAAUCCGAGCAGCGAACGGAAGCCCAUCUACGGCAGCCUCAACUACGCCUUUGUGGAAAAGAUCGAGCUGAACACGACCACUGUCUACCGGGACGAGGACCAUCUGGCCAGGUUGCCGCUGCUCUUCGAACACCGUGGUUCCGUCCUGCAGCUCGACGAGCACGGCGUGGGCGGCUUGGACGUGGCCGAAAAGGCAUAUUUCGGGCGCUUUAUGGACGCCAGGAGUGAGGUAAAGGUCCAGGUGAUUGGCCAGUGGGUUGACCAGCACCGGGAGUUCGGCGCCGAUAUCUACGAGUACUACGGCCACGGAUUCAGGCGGUACAAGCAGCCUCUAACCGGUGCCAGACUCACGUUCGUCCGCAUUGACAACACGGAGCCGGUUUUCCAGGCGCCCGAAUCGAAUAAUCUGGUCAAGGCAUCGCUUUUCCGUGAGCAGAAGGCGGGAAAACUAAAGGAGAAUCACAAUCAGGCCACGGGAAACUUCACCGAGUGGGAAAAUUCGGAGUUGGACUCCGAUUCGGAUGAAGAUGAGCCGGGCUUCUACGGCUGGUUUGUGGUCUGUGCCCUGCUCCUGGCCCUCGCUGUUGUGAUCGGUCUAUAUGUCGUGAUACGCACGCAGAGCCGUCGGAACAAGCAGAGGCAGAUGUACGAUCUGGCCAACACAAAUGUUCCAGCGCCAGCCUAAAAAUAAAUUUGAAAUUUAAAUUUUAAACCAUAAGUAACUCCGAAAAUAAACAGAGAUCAACAGGUGUUCGCUCUCCGAAAUGUCAGUUCGAUCAAACCGGGUUGGCAGUCCCGCUGCCAAAAAUCCUUA